AUGAUUUCCUUUCUUAUCCUCGUUGUGUUUGUCUACUCCGUAUGCGCGUCCAAGCACUCGCAGAAAUUUCUCGAUAAUCAUGAUAGGCCUUCAAAUUUCAUACAAUCUUCGAUCUACGGGAAGAAUCUUGAACAAAACUCCUUGCCCGAUCCUGUUACUCUGCCACCGUCAUAUCAAAGCCGAGAUUUUGAUCAAGAAGAUGCUUUCGGCGGAAUCGGCACAUUCGCCCAUCUCCCAUUCACAGAAUGUACCAAUUCAGCGAACAGUGGCACUUUCGAUAUAGGCAUCGUUGGUCAUCCCUUUGACCUGGGAGUAUCCUAUCGACCGGGAGCAAGAUUUGGGCCAAAUGGAGCCAGGCAAGGUGCUCGGAGACUCUCGUCAGUCGGAGGAUUGGAGUACGUCACUAUAGAUCAUGGAGUUAAUCCCUUUCGAAAUUGGGCUACAGUGACAGACUGUGGUGAUAUCAGCAACACGCCAUUUGAUAAGUUGGUUGCCAUUCAAGAGUUGGAACAUGGUAUGAAGACGAUCAAUUCGAUGACGCCGAAGAAUGUCUCUGCUGCAGACGCUGUGAGACUCAUUACAAUUGGUGGUGAUCAUACAAUCACUUUGCCAAUCCUACGAGCUCUGCAUUCAACAUGGGGAAGAGUCGCUGUCCUUCAUUUUGACAGCCAUCUCGAUACCUGGGAUCCAAAACAACUGGGAGGUGGACUGACAAAACAUUCCGAAGUCAAUCAUGGAACAAUGCUUCACAUUGCACACGAAGAAGGCUUGCUGUCAAACCACAGCAACAUGCAUCUCGGAUCCCGAUGUGCAUUAUUUGAUGAGCACUACGACAUCGACAACGAUAUUCGAUGCGGGUUUAGUAUUAUACGAGCCCGAGAACUGGACAAAAUUGGUGUUGACAAAGUUGUGAAAAAGGUUUUGGAUACUGUGGGUGACGAGUAUGUUUACUUGAGCGUCGACAUCGACGUGUUGGAUCCCGCAUUUGCUCCAGCUACGGGAACGAUCGAGCCUGGUGGCUGGACGACAAGAGAAUUGCUGGCAAUAAUCAACGGAUUAUCGGAAGCUGGCCUGAAAAUCAUUGGAUCCGACGUUGUCGAGUUCACACCAGUAUACGAUAACGCUGCUGAGACGACAGGAAUCGUAGUCAGUCAGAUCAUCUACGAGAUUUUGCAAUGGAUGGUAAAAGUUCCCGUCAAGACACCAAAAGCAUAGAUAUCUGAGAGAGUGAGGCCUGGAUUCGGCGGCGCAAAAGAAUUUCAGCAAGAUGGAGCAAUUUCUUCACAGAUUAAAGGAACGAUACUCAUAAAUUAUGGCCUAGGCACCUUAAAGCGCUUGAAAACUGGUUCGCAGUUCACGAGCUUCCAGCACAUGGCGGUCGAAAGUGAGGGUGAAACACUUUCUUUUACCUCGGAGUAUAUUGAUCAUCGUGAGCUAAAAGUUCAACUCACGUUAACAACGGAGCGGGAUUUGAUAACCGACAUCCCUGCACAGCGAAAAUCCCGU